AAAUCGUCACGGGAUAUGCAGCUCUCUUCUAUAUCACAUUUUCCUUCAUUUUCUCUUUCCUACACCGAGAAAAUGUCUGAGAAUUCCAUGGCUCCUCCUCCUUCUCCUUCGUUCUUGAUUUCGGAUAGGCCGCCGGACGUAGAGUCGAUCAGGGUAGUCGUGAAUUCAAUCAACCGAUAUGUUUCCGGGUUGGUAACUGAUGAACGGAAGUGGGAUUCGGUAUGGUUGAAAUGCAGUUCCAGGUUGAAUUUCCAGAAGCCGGAGUAUUUCGAGUUCUCCGAGCAGGCGGUGCUUUCGAAUCUCUAUUGGGGUAUCGACGGCAUCAAGGCCGCAUUGCAGGCCGACUCGGGGGAAUACAGAGCGGAUAAGUUGAAGGAAUCGGAGAAAAUGCUUCAGGUUCCGGCGUUGCUUGACGAACAAGGAACCACUGCAGGGAUCCCUAAUGAGUACUUGGGUUGCUGCUCUUACUUUUACCUGUCAGUGAUUAAGAAUCUGCAGGAUGAUCAAUUGCAGGCUGCUUUGCAUUAUCUACAAGCGUUGCUGGUCUCACCGAUGCUCGUUCGUACCGAAUACACCUCGGAAGAACUCUGUGAAACCCUGUUCCUUCCGUGCGCUGACUCAGAUAGACGAGAAAUAGACGGAAUCCGGAGACUGAAAUCGGUUUCUAGCAACAGUUCUACUUGGGGAAACCUUACCGAAUCGACAAGGCAGAUGGCGAGGAGAUACAAGCAUUGGUUAAUGUAUUAUCGGGUCAUGCUAUAUGGAAAGACAACUCAACUACAAACUGAAUGCAACGAGACUCUGUCACCCGCAUACGAAUCGAUGAAUUUCGGUCAUGAGAUUGCAGGUGGCAAAGAAUCCUCAAUGCCACCCGAGCACCGAUAUAGACCGCAGACUAAUUUUAAGUUCGACAAGGUCCAUCCACUUGAUCAUCCACUUGAUAAUGAAGAUCGAGUUUUUACUGAAGCUAUAAAGGACCGGGGUCACAUUCAAAGGUUACAACUGCAGAUAAUGCAGCUAAACCGAAAUGAAAGUAUUAAGCGCCUGCAGGGUGUCCUGGAUGAAUCUGAAUCUGAUACGCAGGAUUUCGAGGAUGAAUAUGAUUCAGAGGAGAGCAUGGAGGACGUCACUGGCGUGUUUAACACGGCGAGAAUAGAUUCCGAUGAUCGGAAACAAGCUUGCUAUGAUCAGAUGCUAGAUCGCCGUAAUAGUGCGUCGGACCAAGACUACGAAGCAAUACUGUUUCCUCGAGUUUCCAACAGUCCAACGGACAAAGAUGUCAUCAAUGAAGCAAACAUCAGUAAAUAUUUUCCGGAGAGAUUGUUCAGAACUAUCAGUGAUUUAAAUUUGUACAUGCUAGAAUUCAGGGAUACAAAAAUAAACACACUUCAGGUCGAAGAAGCUCGGAGUCGAUUCGAGCUAGAGAAAGUCCAACUCUUCGAGCAUAUAGCACCGACGUAUCGAAGGAGCAAAAGCUUGAUUCAUAUGAAGCAAGAGUGGACUGCUGCCAGGGAAAAGGUGGACUCAUGUCGUUGGGGAAAAGAUUCACAGAGUGAGUUAAUGGAAAUAAUUGAGAAUGCGGUUUCGAAGCUAUGUUUCUCUGAUGGAUUAGAGAAAUCUGGGAAAGAUUAUGCAGUCGAAAUAACAUCCAUUUACAGAAUGUUGAACAAUAAACAAGGUGUGAAGUACACUAUGUUAAAGGAUGUGAUUCUAGAGCAACUGCUGGUAGCUGUUUCGACUUCAAACAAGGAAACGGUUAUAAGAGCAUCGGUUACCGUCUUAACGACCAUCGUUUCAGCAAAUAUAUUGGUCAUAAACGAUAUAAAAAAGAAGGGUUUACGUUUAAGUGAUCUAGCACGGGCAUUAAAAUGUAAUGUGCACGAGGCAGCUACUCUUAUAUACUUAAUAAAGCCAUCUGCUGCAGAAAUAAAAACUUUGGAGCUCUUACCGACUCUCGUGGAUGUCAUUUGCACCUCGAACAGUUCGAGAUGUAGGCCGUCAAAGUCACUUACGGUUACGCCUCCUGCAGCAUCGUUGAUGAUUAUCGAAGUACUGGUAACUGCAUUCGACAAUGCUACAAAUAACGUGCACCUCGCAGCAAUCAAUUCGCCUCGUGUCAUAUCCAGAUUCCUUGAUGUUGCAAGGAAUCAUAGCUUGGAAGAACAUAUUUCUUUAGCCACAAUUCUUGUUAAGUGCAUGCAGUUUGAUGGACAUUGCAGGAAAUAUAUAUCCCAAGCUAUUGCAGUGGCUCCGUUUAUCCAUUUGUUACGAAGUAAUGAGAACCGGGCCGUGUUCAUCGCACUUGAAUUCUUUCAUGAAGUCCUCCGGAUUCCACGGUCAUCAGCCAUUAGCCUAUUGCAGCAGAUACAGAAAGAAGGAGGCAUCAAUAUCAUGAAUGUAUUAAUGGCUUGUGUUCGAUGCUUCCGAACCGACUACCGGAUUUUGGCUGCAAAUUUAUUGAUACAAUUAGACACACUGGAAAACUCGACUGGUAAAAAUGUGUUCCGAGAGGAAGCAAUGCAGGUCCUCUUUCAGUCGAUAGCAUCAGAAGAAAGCACAUUGCAGCUAUUGUCGGCGAUCAUUCUGUCAAAUAUUGGUGGAACUUAUUCUUGGACAGGUGAAUCAAAUACAGUAGCAUGGCUGGUGAAAAAGGCCGGUUUAACGUCUUUAAAUCACCGGAACAUGAUACGAAACUGUGAUUGGUUGGAUCCGAGCCUGCUGGAUUCAGGAACCGAUUCAUGGUGCAGCAAGAUGGCAAGAAGCAUCACCGAGUUCGGUAAACCAGCAUUCGUCGCUUUACAAAAGGGUCUGAAGAGCAAGAUAAAGAGGGUUGCUCGAGAGUCCCUCAUGAUCAUUGCUUGGCUCGGUUGCGAAAUUUCCAAAAGUUCGAACAGCCUUAGAUAUUCAGCGUGUGAGAUCUUACUUGGUGAAGUUGAGAAAUUUUUGCAUCCAGGAAUGGACCUUGAAGAAAGACUUCUAGCAUGCCUAUGCAUCUAUAACUAUGCUUCUGGAAAAGGUAUGAAGAAACUGAUUCAUUUCUCUGAGGGAGUACGGGAGUCGCUUCGGAGAUUUUCAAAUGUGAUCUGGAUGGCAGAUGAACUACAUAGAGUUGCUGACUUCUACCUGCCUAAUAAAUCGCGUAUCUCUUGUGUUCAUACGCAAAUCGUUGAGGCAAGUCACAGAUACAGUGGCGCUGUAAAUGCCCUGAUCUACUACAAGGGAAUGCUUUUCAGUGGAUACUCUGAUGGCUCAAUUAAGGUAUGGGACAUCAGAAGGCAAUCGGCCGUGCUUGUAUGGGACGUGAAGGAGCACAAGGACGCAGUGACAUCUUUUUCACUCUUUGAACCAGGAGAGACCCUUCUAAGUGGAUCAACCGAUAAGACCAUUCGAGUGUGGCAAAUGGUCCAAAAAAAACUGGAGUGCAUCGAAGUUAUAGCAACAAAAGAAUCGGUUCAAAAGCUAGAGACAUAUGGUCAAAUGAUAUUUACGAUUACUCAAGGCCACCAUCUUAAGGUUUUCGAUUCAUCAAGAACAGUCAACAGUAUCUGCAAAAACAAAUCUGUAAAGUGCAUGAAGAUGGUUCAAGGAAGGAUCUAUGCAGGCUGCACCGAUUCGAGCAUUCAGGAGAUUUCUCUAACAAGUAACCAUCAGAGGGAGAUCAAAGCACCUGUAAAGAAAUGGAGAAUGCAAAGCAAGCCCAUCAAUUCAAUCACCAUGUACAGAGACUGGCUUUACUGUGCAAGUUCAACUGUUGAAGGUUCUAGCCUCAGGGAAUGGAGAAGAAAUUCAGAGCCACAAAUGGAAUUGAAACCAGAGAAAAGAACAAAUAUAUCAGCAAUGGAAGUAGUGGAGGACUUCAUAUACUUGAACUGCAGCUCAUCAGCCAACAGUAUUCAGAUAUGGUUGAGAGGAACACAACAGAAAGUGGGGAGAAUAUCAGCUGGCAGCAGAAUAACAAGCCUCAUCACCGCAAACGAUUUCGUUCUAUGUGGGACGGAGUCUGGGUUCAUCAAGGCAUGGAUCCCUCUGUGAGCUCAGAUAUGAAAAAUCUUAUAAUAUAAUAAUAUACAUAGAAAAGGAAUAACAUUUGUGUAUAGUUUGUUAUAUAUUGUAUGAUAAUUACACUUAGUUUAAUAAUAAAUUAUCGUUCAUAUCG